GUCAUUGCAGCUGAUGGGGUGUUUUUGGGUGUACUUGAUCUCUCAGUCAGUGCUCCCUCUGUUGAGUCUUGGAGCUGCAGUGUAGUAUAAACCAGCCCGGUCUUCUCAGCCAAGAACUUGCCGAGACUUGCAGGCAGCAUUCGAGUGUGUGUGUGUGUAUUUCUUUUCUUGUUCUUGUUUCUGCUUCUUCUUCUUCUUGAUGGAUUCAGUCCGAUGGUCGGGGUUGAGAAUGAGAUGUGUGGGGUGUGUGGUCAGUGAUCCUGGGUGGUUGUUUUAUCUUUAGUUUUGUCCAGUUUCUGCCCUGCCCUGCUUUGGCGGUCUCGAUCGAGUCUCGGCUUUCAUGCUCCACAUUAAUCAGCCUGGAAUUAUUAGCUGUGUUGCCUGAACAACUUACAAAGCCAACCACCAACCAACCACCAUCCAGCCUCAGCCAACCAACUUCCCAAACUACUUAAAACCAACAACAACCAUCUACUAUCCAUCCAUCCAUCCAUCCAUCCGUAACCAACCCUACCCUAGCCCCCCCCCCACAAUCCUUUUUUUUAUUUCUUCCUAUCACUCAUACAUAGCAUACUCACUUGGAUAUGCCCACACUUGAACAGGCUGCGCUAUCCGGAACGCUCACCUCAAUCGGACUCCCUCAAGAGCGCGAUCCAGACGGACGGGAACCCGAUCGAUCCCAGGAGGAGUGCACACUCGAAGACCUCCUGGCCAUAAAUGACGAUGACGACUAUGACGACUUUGACCUACCCCAGCGCAAUCGAGCCGCAGGAGGAGACGGCUAUGGCUUCCUGAAUACCAACUCCCCGGCCACCCACAACCCCCGAUCGACCAGUCCCGCCGGCUCCCAAUCGAUGUCCAGAGGCUGGAGUGGUAAUACUGGUCCCAAGGGGGUCCUGCUCGACUUCAAAGCCAGUCAUGGGAAGAGUGGUGCCAUCCUUGGUGGCGGGAACACUCUCAAACCCAACUACCCUCGUCAGAUAUCCAUGUCCUCUGCUCUCGCCUCCAAACGAUCCAACCCCACCAACGGCAAUCGGCCAUCCAGUCCAGCCAGUGACUCCGAUUCAUCCAACUCCAGCGACAGAGACCACCAGAUCCGUACCAAUACCGCACUCUGUAACUCCACCAAGACUACCACCCGACUCAUCUUUUCCGAUAACCAUCAACAACAUCGUCGGCCAUUCGGCUCCUCCUCUCUCCCCUCAUCCUCUCCAUCCGGCAUCAAUAAUAACCCCAGAGUCGACGCCAGGGGUAGGAAGUUGUUUGGCCAUCUACGUGAAGUCGGGGUCGAGAACUUCAUCCAGGCCGUCGAGGCUGAGAAGGAUGACAAGGAAACCGUCGUCUUGGUCCAUCUAUACGAUCCCGCACUCGAGUCAUGCUUGAUCCUUAAUAAUCAUCUCUCCAACUUAGCCCGGGUACAUCCCCGAACCAAGUUCCUGCGAGCGCUGGCCUCCGAGCUAGAUUUUUUCAAUGAGACGCCGGCGGCGAACAGCAGUAAUGUAGGCGUCGGGAUUCCGACCUUAGGGACGAGUCCGGUGCGCGGGUUUCACAGCUUGAACCUGAUGGACGACGACCCGUUCGAUGAUGAACCACGAUUAUCCUCCGAUCAUCAUCAUCGUCAUCAUGAUCAUUCGGACGACGAUCACCCUCUCGAAGGUAGGACCUGCAAGGCGACUGAUAGCGACAUCCUCCCCACCCUUAUCUGGUAUCGCUCCGGCGAAUAUGUCCAAUCUUUGCCCGCACUCGAACGCGAACUUCCCUUGGGCGGAAUCGUUAGAGGUGAACAAGGUUGUAGAGACUUGCAACGUUUGUUACGAAAGAAUGGGAUCAUCAAUGAUCCAGAAUCGGUGCCUUUGUAACUUUUGAAUAGAUUGAUUCUAUGAAAUAGAUGAAACCGUUUUUCCUUUUUUUUCAAUCUCUUUCCUUUAUAUAUAUAAAGCUCACCCCCUCUUUUUCUCUCCUCUUGUCAAGUAGUAUGUUCUUAUGUGUACAUGUUAUCUUCUUUUUUUUCACUCCAUCUUUAGAAAAAAAAUAAGACAUCCAUCCACCCUGAUGUACAUAUGUACAUUCUAUCAUUCAUAUACACAUAUACAUACUUACUUACAUCCAUAAAUACGUACAACUUUACUUUUUUUCAUGCAUAUAUAUACUUAAUGUCUAACUUUUUUACAAUGCUUUCACCUAAUCAAAUUAAUAAUUUAAGUUUUUACAUCAUUCUAUCUCCCUCUCCAUACUACAUUAUUGUUCUUUCUUUCUCUCUUUCUUUUUUUUCUAUAUUCUCCAUUUCUC